UAUUCAAAUAUGCAUCCAAGCACAUGGAAUUAAAAUCCGAUAAGUGGACUGAUCUAGAUGUUACAACAUGGAAAAGAGAAGAAUAUAUUAAGAGCAGUCUUCAGAACGAUGGGUCAUCUUGUGGUCUCUGGAUGUUAAAUUACAUGGAGUACUUCACAGGAGAUAGUCUGUCUGACACUCCCGAACAGGUUCAUAUGACAGAUUUUAGAACAAAAUUAGCUGUCAUUUUAGUCGACUUGGAAUUCAAUGAUGAUGAUAUAAGAAACCGAGACUUGGAUGAUGAUGAAACCAACACGGAUCCCACCGAUUGUAUGAUCGUCGAAAGACCUCCUAACAAACCCAAAGCAUCCAACUCAUCAUCACAAGUUGAGCUCAUCUCGCAAUCAUUUAUCCUUUCGCCGUUUGUCACUCCAACAAACGACAACUUAAUGGAUGAACUUUGCUUGUUCAUCAGCAUGGUUGAUGAUAUCCCUUUGCUAGAGAGCGAAUGGGUGAAAAGCUCUCAACCUUAUCCUAUUAGUUUGAACUUGAGACAAUUAAAGAACAUAUUAAAGAAUGAUGAGUACAUGGAUGCUGAUUGUUUUAACAUGGCUGUGAGGAUACUAGCAUGCCACGACGUCCAGCUUGCUAGAGACGUCCCAACACACUAUAUGGAUCUACGAUUCUGUUAUGCACGAGUCCCAAGUCAUCAUGAUGGUAUGGACAUUGCUAUGUUGGCACAACUAUUUGAUAGCUGGCCUAAUAGCAAUGAGUAUCAUAUCUCAGAAUGUGAUACGAUUUUAUUGCCUUGUGAUAUUCUUGGACUAUUUUUGUUGUUCAUCUUGGACCAACAAAAAAAAUUGUUUCUAUUUUGGACCCGCUUUCAAUACCUACUUUCGGAAAGCAUAUACUUAAAACUAUGGUCAACGAUCUAAACCUUGCACUUCAAACUGCAAACCCUGCCUUUAAGGACGACGUUUUGAAAUGGGGAUGCAAAGUUCCUGUUGUUCCCACAAAUCCAUACGGUCCCCUAUCUGGUUAUUUGAUUUUCAAUUUAAUGCACUCAUGGCAUGAUGGAACACUACAUUUUC